GCGCAGUCCCAGUCGAGGGAAAGUAGCGCCGCCAUUUUGUGUGGCGGACCCGCAGCGGGAUUGAGGCAUCGAGGCGGUGCUCCUCUCGGCAGGCGGGAAGGAAGGCACGCAUCCGGACACACGCCCGGGAACGCCAACGCCGCCGCCGCCGGUUCUCCAAGGACAGGCCUUUGCAAGCUGACACAGUCACACUGCCUUUGCUUCCACUUGAAAGAAUAAAAUGAGUGGCUGUCGUGUCUUCGUUGGACGUCUGAGUCCACACGCCCGAGAGCGAGAUGUGGAGAAAUUUUUCAAGGGAUAUGGUCGCAUACGGGAAAUAAAUCUCAAAAAUGGCUUUGGUUUUGUGGAAUUUGAGGAUCAUCGAGAUGCGGAUGAUGCAGUAUAUGAACUGAAUGGUAAAGAACUAUGCAAUGAAAGAGUUACAAUUGAACAUGCCAGAGCCCGAAGAGGAGGUAGGGGAAGAUAUCCGCAACGGUUCAAUUACUACCAGUCCUAUGGGGGUGGAUCUAGCCAGUAUGGUCCACCUCUUCGUACUGAACACAGGCUUAUAGUUGAAAAUCUUUCUUCACGUGUAAGCUGGCAGGAUUUGAAAGAUUUCAUGAGAAAGGCUGGAGAAGUUACCUUUGUAGAUGCUCACAGAAACAAUCCAAAUGAAGGUGUUGUGGAGUUUGCAUCAUCUAGUGACAUGAAGAGUGCAUUGGACAAGUUGGAUGGCAGUGAGUUGAAUGGACGCAGAAUCAAACUAAUUGAGGAUCGCAAAAGACGCAGGAGCAGAUCCCGUUCACGAAGUUAUUCAAGAUCUCGCAGCAAGUCUAGGUCUGCAAGAUCCUCCAAAUCAAGCAGCAAGUCUCGUUCUCGAAGUCGUACACCUGACAAGAGGGGCUCUAGAAGCCGUACACCUGAGAGGAAGGGGUCCGAGAAACAUCAUCACUCUGGCCCACAGAAUUCCUCCCCUUCUCCUCCUCCAACCAAGAAGAGGUCUCGUUCUAGGUCAAGCUCUGCUGAAAGCCGCAAUUAAGGUAUUUUGAGAGAUGUAUAAAUAUUCCACUUUUAAGUCAAAUUUUCUAUAAGCUUGAAUAAGUUGCAAAUGGGAGAGGGAAAAUUCAUCCAGUGAGCGUAAACCUCUGGAGAGUGGAGGUAAUCCUGCCCUCAUUCCCACCCUUAAUAGAGUUAGGUAAACUGUAACCAAUAAUAAAAAAUUGGAUUGGAAAAUUAUAAUUAUCCAGAUGCCCCAUGUACAAUUGUAGGUGAACUCUUGUUGACUACAGCAGCACACACUGGAGUUGAAUGUGAUAAACGGAAAACACAGAUUGUAGUGCCACUUUGGCUGUGUUUCUUAUUUGCAUAUAGAUUAUUUUCUUCUUACUUAGCAUUGAGUAAACCACCAAGGUUGAGCUGAGCUAUUGAUUAACAUGCAAUUUUGAGAACCAUCUAUAGCAUCCCCAGUGUACAUCUAUCCUUUAAUGGUUCACAGGAGGCUUUGUGGAUAGUAAAUGAAUAAUUUUGCUUAUUCUGAACUAGUAUUGACAUGAAAAAUAGCAAACCAGUGAAGUUAAGUUACUUGUUUAAGCAGAUGCUGUGCAUUUUGAAAUGAUAAGCUCUAGUCCGGAGGUAUAUCUCCUGCUUUGUAUUUCAUCAGGAUUGGUUGCAAAGUUUUUCAUAACUCAGUUCAUUUUAUAAAUGAUCCUAACAAGGGAGAGCUCAAUGCAGCAUAUAGGAGAAUGCUUCAUUUUACAGAGAAAAAUUAGAGAUGCCACACUUUCUGCAAUCUCAGCUUGUAGUUUAAUAUUGCAAAGAGAGCUUUAUUCUCUGUGACUACCAGUGUGUGACACUAAAAAUAGCAAGGUACAGUGGUAUCAGAAACAGUAAAUUCUCAAAUUUCAUAGAUGACAUAUUUUCAGAUUGUCAAGACAAAUUUUCAACAAAAGCUUAAUGUAAUGUGAAUUUAUUAAUGCUAAAGCAUAAAGGCGCAUUUUCAUUUUACAAAACAUGAUUAUUGUUUCUUUUGUUAAUAGGUAGUACUUUGUUAACUUUAAUUUUGUGAUCACUAAACUCUCUUGCUCCCACUUACCUAAAAUGAGAGAAUCUGGUUAAAAUAUUUGUAAACAGUUCUAAAAUGUCUAAAUGUAUUGAUGUGGUACAGUAAAUACAAUAAAUGUUCUCCCCUGCUUACUGUAGCUUCAGCAGUCUUUCUGUGUUGCUCAUUAAAACUAAGUUUGUAAACUUUUUUCUCUGUUAGCAACAGUUUUUAUUUUCAAUAAAAUUGAUACAUAAUGAAA